AAAACUACCCAACUUAUAAUCAUAACAAGAAUCGAUCAAAUAGAGUUGCUUAAUACGAAGCUGCUCCUUUUCUCUUUCUCUCUCUCCCUAUAAGGAAAUUACCUUUUCCCUGUAAUGCAGAAUUUUGAUAAAGAUCCAAACUUUCUGUAAUAGUUUUUUUGAGGUUUCUUUUGCAGAUCAAAAAUCCCAUUUGGCCGGAAUUCCUUGAAAGAUGUCGUCAGGUUUUACCGGCGAGUUCUACGGUGCCGGUGGGAUCAACAAUGGAAGAUCUACUACCAUUAACAACAAUAACUCACUAAGGCCUCAAGUUCAACUUUCUGGAAUUUUGCCCGACCCAGUUACCCAGAUCGUUCAUCAAGGAAGACCCAAUUUGAUGGGGAAACGAUCUCUUGCGGAGUUUCAACAACAACAGCAAUUGCAAUUUCUACAUCUACAGCAGCAGCAGCAGCAAAAACAACAGCAACAGCAGCAGCAGAUGUUACUACUUCAUCAUCAUCAACAACAACAGCAAGGACUUGGGUUUUAUCUCCGUAACGUAAAGCCCAGAAGUUAUCAGCAAUCUUCUCCUAUGUCUCCUCUCUCCCCUGUAGAUUUUUCUGUUGCCGCUGCUGCUGCUUCUUCAAUUUCAUCUGAAUUCUCUUCAAAUUCUAAUGUUACCACGAUGAUGAACACGCGCCACCCUCUCCCUGUUCUGCAUCAACUCCGGUCACAGCCCGGGCUUCUUACUCCGGGUAUUCAGAAUUAUUCUACAGGGGUUUCUUCUCUAAAUCCGGUUCAAAACAGAGCAACCGUAGGAGUACAGGAAUUGUUGUCACAAGAAUCGGACAAAAAGAUGAUGAAUUGUCUUCAAGAGCUUGAGAAACAGCUCCUAGACGACAACGACGAAGAGGAAGGCGAUACAGUUUCCGUUGUCACCAACAACGAAUGGUCGGAGACAAUACAGAAUCUGAUUAGCCCGUGUCAGAAUCAGAACCAGAACCAAAUUCAGAAACUGGCAUCACUAUCUCCAUCCUCUUCGACUUCUUCAUGUGCUUCUUCCACAGAAUCUCCGUCAAUAUCUUGUCCCAAACAGUCUCUAAUAGAGGCUGCUACAGCAAUAUCCGAAGGAAAAAACGACGUCGCAGUAGAGAUCCUCACGCGCUUAGCACGAUUUGCCAACAUCAGAGGUACCUCCGACCAGCGGCUAACGGCAUACAUGGUUUCAGCUCUCCGGUCGCGCGUGAACCCCGGCGAUUACCCACCGCCGGUUCUUGAGUUGCACAGCAGAGAACAUACAGAUACUACUCAGAAUCUAUACGAGGUAUCCCCCUGUUUCAAGCUCGGUUUCAUGGCUGCCAAUCUAGCAAUUCUUGAAGCUGUAGAUGACCACCCAUUUAACAAGCUUCACGUCAUUGAUUUUGACAUCGGCCAAGGCGGACAGUACUUGCAUUUACUGCAUGCACUGGCUGCCAAGAAAUCAGAUAAGCCAGCCGUUUUAAAAAUCACGGCUUUCACAGAGCAAGCAGGCGGAGUUGACGAGAGACUCAAUUCUAUCGGCGUCGAGCUGAAAUCCGUCGCUAAUCGAGUCGGAGUUUGCCUAUAUUUCAACGUAAUGGCUUGUAAAGUUACGGAUUUGAGUCGGGAAAAAUUAGGCCUUGAACCUGACGAUGCACUAGCAGUGAAUUUCGCAUUCAAAUUGUACAGAUUACCCGACGAGAGCGUAACAACGGAGAACCUCCGUGACGAGCUUCUGCGGCGAGUGAAAGGGUUAUCGCCGAAGGUGGUAACGGUGGUUGAGCAAGAGAUGAACGGUAACACAGCGCCGUUUCUGGCGCGUGUGAACGAAGCGUGUGGGCAUUACGGUGCAAUAUUCGACUCGCUGGAUGCAACUGUGUCAAGGGAUAACAUGGACCGAGUUAGGAUCGAAGAGGGACUGAGUCGGAAAAUUUCUAACUCGGUAGCGUGCGAAGGGAGGGACCGUGUUGAAAGAUGCGAGGUGUUUGGGAAGUGGAGGGCCCGUAUGAGCAUGGCCGGGUUCGGGCCGAGGCCCGUUAGUCCACUCGUGGCGAACUCUUUACGUUCGAAACUCAACUCGGGUACACGUGGCAACCCGGGCUUCACCGUGAAUGAACAAAGUGGAGGUAUCUGCUUUGGUUGGAUGGGACGAACUCUCACCGUCGCAUCAGCUUGGCGUUAACGUCGUUGUUAUUCUCUAAUUAAUAUUAUUAAAAAGAGAAAAUAUUCUGAUUAUUAGCUUUAUUAAAAUAUUAAUUAAAUUCUCAAUGUGAUUUGCUGUAUUAAGGGCUUUCUUUAAUUUUGGUUAUUUGUUAAUGGAAAUUCAGAUGAAGAAAUGGAUGAUGUGCCACAUUCAAAAAAAAAAAAAGACAUGAAUAUUAAUAUUUAGAUUCCCUUUUUGUAAAUAUAUUUUGUGUUAGUGCAUGUAUCGCUGUUGGAAGCAUUUUUAUUUUUAGGCUAAGGUGUUUGGCAGAAUGCGGACUUGUGUUUGGGUCCACCAAUUAGAUUAUUUUGUAGGUA